ACAUACAAAUAAUGCUAUAAAAAUCUUUGAUGUAUGAUGGCAUUGUUUCUAUUAAACAUAUUUUUAUAAUAAAUGGAUCAAUGGCUUUCCACCAGAGGGGAUAUGGGUGGAACUCCCACAGAUCUUACUUUCACUUUUCAUUGAAAUACUUUAUUUUGUGAAAAGAACAUUUGACAUAUUUGGUACAUCAACAUUUCAGGCAUUUCACAUAAUGCCUAACCAAAUGAAAUUGUUCAUCUUAUUGUGUUCGGCAAAGGCUGUGUUCUCCAAAACCGAGAUUUUGUCUCAUAAAUUUGGAGACAAUGUUGUGUUGAAGCCAGACUCCAGGACUAACCCCCCCUCAUCAAUCCUAUGGAGGCUGGGGCAGAACAAGGUGGCAGAUUUUGACACAGAUUUUGGUCCUGAUGUAACGUACUAUGGUGACUUCAACGGCCGCACAACCCUAGAUAAAACUACUGGAGAACUGACAAUCACCGGGUUGAGGAAAACAGAUGAAGGGGUUUACUCUGUGGAGUUUAACAGCAAACGGCUUGAGAAGACAUAUACAUUAUCUGUUCUCAAACCAGUCCCCAAACCAGCUAUCAUAGUUUCCUGCAAUGACAACAAAACCUCCUGCACUCUGACCUGUAAUGGUGACACAGCUGGUGCUGAACCAGUCACCUACUGGUGGAAAGUGGGAGAGAGGAACUGGGAGAAUAUUAGCAAGUUACUGACUGUCAGUAAGAAUGACAGUAAACUCCAUCAAAACGAUUACAAGUACACCUGCAAGCUGAAGAAUGGUGUUAGUGAGGAAGACAGUGCUCCAGAGGGACAGUUGUUUGACCCAAAACCAGUCCCCAAACCAACUAUCAUAGUUUCCUGCAAUGACAACAAAAUCUCCUGCACUCUGACCUGUAAUGGUGACACAGCUGGUGCUGAACCAGUCACCUACUGGUGGAAAGUGGGAGAGGGGAACUGGGAGGGGAUUGGCAAGUUACUGACUGUUGCUAAGAGUGACAGUAAACUCCAUCAAAAAGGUUACAAGUACACCUGCAAGCUGAACAACUCUGUUAGUGAGAAAGUCAGUGAUCCAAUCGGGCCGUUGUUUGACCCAAAACCAGUCCCCAAACCAACAAUCAUAGUUUCCUGUAAUGACAACAAAAUCUCCUGCACUCUGACCUGUGAUGGUGACACAGCUGAUGCUGAACCAGUCACCUACUGGUGGAAAGUGGGAGAGGGGAACUGGGAGGGGAUUGGCAAGUUACUGACUGUUGCUAGGAGUGACAGUAAACGCCAUCAAAACGGAUACAAGUACACCUGCAAGCUGAAGAAUAGUGUUAGUGAGAAAGACAGUGAUCCAGUGGGACAGUUGUUUGGCCAAACAUCUAGUUUUGUUGGUGUUGGUGUUGGUGUUGCCAUCCCAUGUGCUGCAAUUGCCAUUCUAGUUUUUGUGGUGUGGAGGAAAAAAACAGGACCUCCCAACAACACUGUGAGCAGAUUUAGGAAAACUUGUGGUGAGAACAAAGAGCAAGACAACACAGGCAGAGUGGACCAGGGAUUGGGGAAUGGAGAGAAUAAAGAGCAAGAAAACCCAAGCAGAGUGGAACAGGAAUUGGUGAAUGUAGCUGAAGUGAAUGGAUUCAACAACGCUGAAGAAUCUAAUGAACAAACCAAAGUCAUUUUCGAUGACAAGCUGUAGAUUAUCCAGUAUUUCCGGAUGGAGGUCAUGAGCCCAUGGAUCACUCCUCAAAACUACCUGGUCUGACUGCUCACUGCUGUCCUUGUCCAAAGUCCUCAUGUUUUUGCUGAUCUAUUGACUCCUGCUGCCACUGGCAACAGCCCACCUGGACGUCCUUGUCCACCUGGUUGUGCAGCUGAUCUGGAUUCUGUCUAAAGACUCUGGAUGCAGCCAAUCUGCAUUUAUUCACCUGCUGGUCAUAUGAAUAUUCGACUCACAGCCAUAAGAAGACUGGCCACCCAUCAGAGUCUGGUUCCUCUCUUAUUUGAAUUAGUAAAACAUCUUAUUUCCUCUUGCUUUCUGUCAGCUGGCCAGUUAGUGCUGUUAGCAUUUCAGUUGGUUACGUCACUCACUAAGUGACCUUGAAGUAGUUGUUGUAUUUGCUCCAUAAGGGCCUCGGCAGUUACAAUUGUGAUGAGAGGAUCACUGGUUCGAGCCCCGCAUGGGACAGUCGGAGAUUGGAGGAUGCAAUGCUGUUACACACAGGCCACUAAUGUAAACUGAACCGGGUUUGGGCAGAUAAAGCAAUCCUUUUCCAGUGUUGGUGAUCACGUCAAGUUGAGCUGCUUCUUUUAUGCUGAUAGGAGUGGAACUGUAAGGUUGUGUUCUGAAAUAGCACAUCCAUAAUAAUGAAGGUUGUGUGUCGUUCUGCACACCACUGUUGUAUUGCACUGUUAUUAUUCAUGCGCCUGUUUGUGACCAGCCUGUUAGCUUGCAUGAUUCUUACCAUUCUUAUUCAACCUCAUCAAUAAGCUGUGAAAGCAAGAAUAAGCUUUUGUAUGUAAGACAAGCAUUAUCUUCUGUUUAUUUGCAAAGCACAGCAGAUGUGGAGAAAAGUGUGGGCUUUGAGAACUGUAUCCAAUACUUUCUUGGGCACUGCUUGGUGAGGCAAAUAUGUCAGUUAAUUGAUAACCAUGUACCAUUUCAUGAUUAAUUCAUCAGUCUUGGUGUACUCAAUAAACCAGUAUUACUCGGUAAUCAGAAUUACUCA